GCUUUAAAGGUUACAAGUUUAUUGAAAUGUCAAAAUAGUCGCGCUUUUAAAACAUGCGUCAGAAGACCUACACUACAGUAUGCGUCUAUAUCCUUACGCCUCCGCCUAGCUACUGACGUUUCUUUAGAUGUUCCCGCAUCCCCUUUACACAGCCCAACAGGUGGAAGAAACUGCAGCAUGUCUUCAAACCUACCGAGCCACCUUCCCAGACAGCAUAUUUGGACACACUCGCGUUUUGAGUCAGCUCGGCUCAAACACACCUCAGGUGACGCAAAGAAGCGAUAGACAAAUGCUGUCUUUACAGGAGGACACUUGGAAGUGAGAAAGUCUGGGGAAGGCACUUGAGAUGAGCGUUUCGUUUUCAGUCAUUUGCGCGUCUUCAAAGGAAAAACUUUGACGCAAUUGUGUGUAUCGAAACCAGCGUGCGAUGCUAUUUGAUGUGAGCAAAUAUAAUGGGCUGUUGAGCUUAUAGAGGAUAUGAAUUCACACUUUGAAAAUGUCUUGACUGAGGAGAAUUGGAUAAAAAUCAAGCUGAAGAUCCAAUGGAAUGUGAUUACGCUAACCUCACCGAACACUGCGAACAUGAGGUUGGGAAGAUGAACAUGUCUGAAGAUCAAAUCAACUGUACUAUUAACCACGAGAUUCACCAGUACCUGUUCUCGGGCGCAUACAUUCUAGUCUUGCUAGUAGGUUUACCUGCAAAUGCCUACUCGCUGUACCACGCCUGGUUUCAGUUGAAAGCCCGUAAUGAACUGGGGGUCUACUUACUAAACCUGACCAUAUCGGACCUGCUGUACCUGGCAUCCUUGCCCCUUUGGCUGCAGUAUAUUUUCCAGGGGGAUAACUGGAGCGGCUCAGAGUUCCUUUGCCAACUAUGUGGCUUCCUGCUUUAUGAGAACAUUUACAUCAGCAUCGGUUUCCUGUGUUGCAUCUCCAUAGACCGUUACCUGGCUGUGGUUUACCCCUUCCGUUUCUCCGCUUUUCGAACGGUGCGAGCAGCGACGCUGGUUAGUGCCGUGGUCUGGCUCAAAGAGCUCCCCGCGGGCAUAAUGUUCUUCCGGCACAAGGAGCUGAGCAGAGACAAGCACAACCAAUCGGUGUGCUUCGAGCACUAUCCCAUGAAGACGUGGGAGUACUCCAUAAACUACUACCGUUUUUACGUAGGCUUCCUGUUUCCUUUAGGAAUCCUAUCAGUGUCGUACUUUCGAGUCCUAAGGGCGGUGGGCAAGAGUACAGGUACACAGACUUCCCAAAAAACCCGCAUCAAGUAUCUGGUAACUAGUACUAUUGUCAUCUUCCUGGUGUGCUUCUCACCAUACCACAUCUUUUUACUUGUUCGUACGCUUUUCGAGAGGAACUGCACCUUUAUCGAGAACAUUUUCAACUAUUAUCAUUUCUCUCUGUUGCUGACAAGCUUUAACUGUGUGGCCGAUCCUGCACUUUACUGUUUUAUUAGUGAGAGUGCCCAAAAGGACAUGCAGAGGGUUCAAGAUUAUUGUACUCGUAUCUUCUGCUGUUGCUCCAAAAGCCAUGGAAGGUUCAGCACGCAUUCCACUGAAAUGGCAGUAACCAAUGACAACACUACAGGCACCACUGUGGUGACACUGUUGCAACAGAUGAAAACUGAUGUCUGAAUGGGUUUGCAUUGAUGUUUUUGUACUUGCAUCGAAUUAUGGACACAAGGCAAUGCAGGCACACUUAUAAAUGUUUUAUACCACGGGCAUGUUGAAUGCUUUAUUCUGAUUGGCUGAGAAAUGUUCCAUGGGUGUUGAUUAUUUUUCUGUAAACCACACACCAAUCCAGGCAACAGAGCAAUUUUUGUGGUAACCAUGGUAUAAGCGGAAUAAUUCACCCCGGUCCUUUGAACAGGGUUCCCACGGGUCUUUGAAAUCCUUGAAAGUUUAUGAAUCUGGGGGGGGGUUCAAGGCCCUGGGACGUUUUUUAAAAAAACAUACAUUGACACAGGUCAUUGAAAGUGCUUGAAUCUAUUUUAUGCAAAAUGUAGUGUAGGAUAAUAUUAUAAAAAUUCUAGACUUUUUAACUCUUCGCUUUAAAUGCUUAUAUCUUCUGUAUCCGAAUGUUGAUUCAUACCAAAAUUCUUUUUUGCAUAGUUGUGUUUGACACAUGAAAACGUCUCGGGUUACGUAUGUAACUGUUGUUCCCUGAGAAGGGAACGAGACUCUGCGUCUCCCUUGCCAUACUUCACUUGAAAUGUGUCCCCACAUUUGGUCCUUGAAUUUGAGGGUAUUGGACCUGGAAAGUCCUUGAAAGGUCCUUGAAUUUGAAGUUAGUCAAGGUGUCGGAACCCUGUUUGAAUUAUUUGAAAAUAAUUCACACCCGUGCUGUGCAUUAUUUUCUUUAAAUUCAACGGCCCGUCGUCAUUUAUUCCUUACUUAAUACCUUUUGUUACCUACUGUUUUGUUCUAAAAUGAAAUAUUUUAAUAUUUUAUGGUUUUGGUACAUCUAUUUAACAUGUUGCUUUUGUGUGGUGUCAUUCUCAGGGAUUGCUACCUUCAUAAUCACCAGUGGUUGACUUGAGGUUUGAGGAACCAGUGGCUAAAACUAUCACGUAGCGUUCCAAGUCCCUUUAGCUACAUAUAUUUCCAAAAAUUAAAAAAGUUAUUUCUGCUUGACAACCUCAUCGGUUUUUCUACUUCUAGUAAUAUGCUUGACAGGAAACCCAAAAUGAGAUUUCUGUCAUCAUUCGCUUUUAUGUUGCUCUUAACCCAUAUGAUUUACUUUCUUCUGUGGAACGCAGUUUAGCAAAAUGAUCCUGCUGGAUUUUGUGUACAGUAUAAUAAAAAGGUGAACUGGGACAGACACCCUAAACAAGAAAAUGUGGUGCGAUGCGAUUGUUUGCAACAUGCGACGGGUCAACAUGUGUGGCAUCAUUGAUGUCUAACCUGGCAUAAUGUUUUACAUGGAUAUUAAAUAUAUAUGCGAGUGUGAAUGAGAUUUUUGAGCUGCAGAAGAUGGAAAGAUGUUCGCGUGGGACAGCGCAAAAGGUCAUGGGUUCGAACCGAGGGGCAACCUUCCGAUCUCUUUGAUGAAGCCAACCCGGCUAGAGGCUGGCUUUAAUUAAAAGAGUCCCGCCUAUUUUUGGUUAUAUGGAGUGCUGCGCUGCCAAGAUGGUGAGGCUAGAGACUGGCUCCAAAAGGGAGUCAAUUGCCAUAGACCCCCAUGUUAAAAUGCCCAACUAUACAGCAGAAAAUAAAACAUUAACAGCCUGGUACAAAAACUGAUUUGGUGUAUAUAGCUAAUUUUGCUCUUUAUGACCACUGUGAGGGGGUGAAUUUUGAAAUUUUGAUUUUCUGCAUAAUUAAGGGAGUGGCCACUUGUGUGACAGGUGAACUGUCACUGCUGUCACUACCGUCGAGCUAGGCGGGCGUGGUUUCAGCAACCAGCCACCUCAGCUUCACUCACAUCCUGCCUCUUUACCCAUUUCCGGUUAUCCGCGAGUGAUGCGCUGCCAAGAUGCUGACGGCAGGCUUUGCCAACCAUUGGCUUCAAAAAAGCUCUUCACAAACCUGAGUCCAUAUUUUUACAAUCUAAGGUUCGAACCCAGGGAACAUGCAUGCUGAUAAAAUGUAUACUUGUAAUGCACCGUUAGUUGGAUAAAAGCGUCUGCCAAAUGUAUAAUGUAAUGCGAUGGAAAUAAUUAAAAUUUAGUAGCAGUAGUUUAAAAGGAAUUUUAAAGGAAAACACCACAGUUUUUAAUAUUUUACUAUCUUACCUUAACUUAGGUAUGUAUUAAUUAUAUAUUUUGACUGUUGUAGUCAUUAUUCUUUAUUGUAUGUGUUGUAUCGUGUAUUUUUGUGUUUGUAUAGUGCUAUGGACCAUUUUUUUAAAUGUUGUCCUGAAUAAAGAAUAUGAUGAAUCAGAAAAAAAACAGAGAACUAUCAUCAUAUUACUGCUUCAGAGGUCGAAGUGCCAUACAAUAUAGUUCUCAUUUUUUAUCUGCUUAAAAAUCGCCACGUUUUAUUUUGUACCACCAUACUUACUCGUGUAACUACUCAUGCAACAGUCUUUAAAUAGGGAAAACAUGGAAGUGUUUGGUGGCUUUUUAAAUUCAUCCCUGUUUGGAUCCUAAGGAAUGAAUGGGGCUAGGCUAAAUGCUAACAAAUUCACGACGCGCUGUACAAAGCUUAAGUGCACGUAUUGAAAAAAGAUAAGUAUGUAUUAAUUUGUCUAAGUUGAGGUAAGAACAUAGUAAAAUAUUGAAAAACGCUGGUGUUUUCCUUUAAGCUGUUCUUCUCAGUUAAACUAUUUCUAUUAUGCAUCUAUGGUGUUUCUCUUACAUUUAUGUAUUUUUUUUAUUUUUGACAGCAUCCUGUUUAUUUUCUAUUGUAUGGAAGAGAGAAGCUUAAACUCAUUUAAUAUUUAAUAGAAGAACACCACAUACAUGUUUGAAGCAGCAUAAGGGCAAAUAAAUUAUGUUUUUAUUUUUCGAUGAACUGUAGUUCUCUAAAAAUCCCCAAAAGCUAUGAUGUCAUGUCUACCUUGGCUUUUCAAUGGUUUAAUAAGGUGCAUACAGACAGUGUGCAAGCAAAAUAAAGUAUAGAGUGGGUGUGAAGGGUCAGCCACCCCCAAGCAGGCCAUUAAAUGCGGACAGCAUCCCGAUGUCACGUCACAUGCUGGUAAAAUAUGUGAAAGAAAGGGCUGAGCUAUAGUCGCCUCUAGAAAUCAUGAAUGUUCUGUUUGCUCGAAGCAAAAGGGUAAAUAAUGAUGAUGAGUGUUUACAUUUUUCUUUUAGACUGAAGUGGCUGCAGCUAUAAGCCGCAUGUCUGUAACCUAAAUGGCAAGAUUGUAUUAAGAUAAGAAAUGUUCUCUGGUGCUUAUUUCAAACCAUGUUUAUAACAGAUCUUCAAAUAGAUCUAUAUAUAUCUAUAUAUCUAUAUCAUAUACAUUUCUCAACAUUUUACAUCAAAUGUUAAUUGUGUUCAUGUAUUUGAUUUAUGGUAUUUUUAUUGUUGUUUUUAUAUUCUGUUGUUUAUCGUUUUUGUUGCAAAGACAAAUGCUCUGUUGGAUAUUUGAUGUAAAUGAAAAUUAAUUCGAAGGGAUCUCUCUUCUUCACCAGACCUGUUUAUGAAACAUUCUGUGCAUAUAAAGUACAAGAAUCAGUGUUGAGUAAUGUUACUUUUAAAGGAACACAGUACAUUACUGCAUUCUUCCUAAUAAAGUAACUAACACUUCUUAUAAAAAGUUAUGACACAAUUACUUAAAUGCAUUAGUUGUACUUUUUGUGUUUCUGUUAGCACUUUGAAACCUGCGGGCAUCUGAAGAAUCCAAUUAAAGGCCCACUGAAGUGCCUUGGAAUGUGUAGCAUUAUUUGAUGUGGUGAUGUCAGUUUAAAUGAAACAACGGAACUAUCGAGAAGACCCUCCACCUUUUUUAAAUAACCAAUAGUGUUUUUUUAUUUAUGGCACAGUCCAGCAAAGAUAACAAAACAUAGAGGAUUGGACGCUUCAAAAAGCAUUUGAUUGUAAAGGAAGUUUGAUGAGAAGCUCAAGUGUAGGGUGAUUUCAUAAAAAUGUAGACUUUGUAUUUUGUCUGUUUUGGACCAUGCCAGUUUAUAUUUGAAGAGUUUGGUUUCAAAACGAGGCGUAGUAAUAAUACGCACUGCCCGAAAAUAGUCCCCUGCCAUUAAAAGUAACCAAGGGGACUAUUUUCAGGCAGUGUGUAAUAUCACUACGCCUGCUGCAGCCAUGUUACGGCAGCAAAUUCCUUGAUUAUUACACCAGAAUAAGAGUAUAGUUUCUAGCCAUAUCUGCCUAGAAAAUCACAACUUGUAAUUUUCUGUCGGUCUUAGUACACGAUGUAACUACAGAAGAGUCAAGUUUUAAAUGGGAAAAAAAUCCAAACUCUUUGGUUAUUUUUUAGAGCAAUGCUAAUGGUCUAAUCAGAUUCAAUGGAUUGUGCUAAGCUAUGCUAAAAGUGCUAGCGCCAGACCUGGAGAUCAGCUGAAUGGAUUUCAAAACGGUAAAAAUCAAAUGUUUUACUGUAGGGGAGCUGGAAAAUGAGCAAUUUUCAACAAAACUGGAAUAACCCUUUAAGAUAAUUCCUGUCCGGGAAACUAUUUAAUUUUAAUUUUAUGGGGGCUUUAAAACCCGUUUCAGGUUAAUUCAUAUUAAUUAGAUUUAUUGUGACCCUGCCUGUGAAAUCCCAGGUAAUGAUUUGGUUUACUUUCUACAUGAUAUCAUCAUACAUACUGUAAUGUAAAGAACAAUCUGAAAAUGUAUUAUCUUUAAUAUUGACUGAGUAAGGUUAUGUCAAAGAUUGAAAUGAAGUAAGGGAUAAUGUAUAGGGGAUAUUUCAUGAUAACAUUAUGCCACUUAUUACAUGAAUAUUUACCUCAUAAGUAAAAUAAGGAACAUUAAAUAUUGAUUUGAAAUAUUUU